GAAGUAUGUAGUACUGAAGACCCAGAUGAAGUUGAAAUUUUAAGUUUGGUGAGAGAACAAAUUCCACGCUAUCGUCUACGAGCUGAUACAAUCACUGACUUCACUGGCUAUAAACAUACAGAUUUCAUUCAAACAAACACUGUGUCGUUUGAUGAAGACACAGAUCUUAGUCCAGAGCAGAUAGGCGAAUCUUUAAAAUAUUUUGGUAAGUAUACUGUUUACUGA